GUGGGCGAAGUAUCGGACAUUAUUUUCGCGCUGUCUUAGGUGGGGAAACGGUCGAGAGGAUGCUUUAGCAUCUGGAUUGCGCAAUGAAGCGCGGGGGACCGCAUGGCGCGAGCAACGCCACGGUUUUCCGUUCGGCGCGUGCGUGCAGGCUUGAUCGGCCUCUGCCUCUGAAAUGUUGAUGCUAAAUAAAACUCCUAGCUGGUUGGGACGAUGCCAUGCGUUCUAAUUUUCACGAAGAAACGGCCGCUGGUGGACGCGGUGGCCCGGGGUCUGCCUUGCCUUUGGGUUUGAUAGUCUCUUGAGGCUCUCCGGGUUGCCCGUUCUUCGCGGCGAAGAGAGGGAAGUUAUUAAGCGAGGAUAGUGGGGUUAUCAUCAUUAAAGAUUCAAGGUUUAUGGAAAGACGUGAUUAUUUCUGGUGGUGUCGAUCGUGGUAGCUAACGCAUUUCCGUGAACCAGUCGGCAGAGUGGUUCGGGACCAGUGCUCUAUCAGCGGUGUUUCCAUGUGAACGCUGCGGUGACAUGGCUGCCGCCCUUUUGGGCAAGUGCUUCGGUUUGUUAGCGCUCGUCUUUCUUCUCUACACCUGCUGUUAUGGCUUCAGGAUACGCGAGCACGGGCCGCAGACAGUUUCCACGUCCACGGAGCAGUCCCAUCGGGCUGACUGCGAUCCUUCCAUCUUUGGCAGAUGCCCGGAGAAGACUACGACACCGUUUACCAAUCGAAAGUGGCACGAGACGCCAGCACCGCGACUCACCAUCCGACGAAAACCACCUGUCGAGGUGACGUCGGAUGACGGUGACGAGGGCGAGGCGCGUGUGAGACUCGAAAGAAUUGGCCGCUCAACGGUUGGGGUUGUUGACGAUGGGAACGAAGAUUCGAGUGGUGAGUUAGGGGACGAUGACGAGGAGGUAAUCGUGGAGGUGGAGUAUAGCGAUGAAGCGGUAGUGGAUACUGGUGAGAAUGAUGAAGAAGACGAAGAAAAAGCGAAUGAAGAUGAAGAUGAAGAUGGAGAUGAAGUUGACGAUGUAGAUGAAGAUGAAGAUGAAGAUGAAGAACUGGAGGACAAGAAGGAUAGGAAACAUUGGAAAGUAAAGUUAAGUGCGAAGAAAGAGAAGAGUAAAGAAGAGAUUGGAUUGAAGAAGAAAGAAAUCAGAUCGUUCAAGGAAUUGAAGAAGUCGAAGGAUACAGAUGAAGCGGAUGAUAAAAAUGAAAAUGGUGAAGACUUGAAGAAGAAAGGUUUAGAGAAACGUUUGAAAGAAGUUAUGCCGUUUAGGAGACUGAAAGUGGACAAAGUAAAACGUGAUGAGGAAGACUCGGAAGAUAAAGACAAAGCUGAAACUCAAGUUGAAGACGAGGAUGAAGAUGAAAAUGAAGGUGGAGCAGAUGAAACUGCAGAUACAAAGGUAGAUGCGACUAAAGAUGCAGUUAAAGGUAAACAUAAAAAUGACAAUACAGAUGAAGACAAAGAUGAGGAUACAGAUGAACAAAAAGACGAAGAUGAUGAUAAUGAAGACAAAGAUGAAGACGAGGUCGAAGACGAAGACGAAGGUGAAGACGAAAAUGAAGAUGAAACUGGUUCAGAUGAUGAGGAGUCAAAAGAAAUUAUCACCCCUCCUCCCGUGAAGCUAGAAAAAGUCAGAUUCGCUGAUAAAGAUAAAAUUAAAUCGAUAGAAGUACGACCACCGGCUACAGAGAAACCAGAAGUUGAAGUCAAGCAACCAGUGGCGCCUGCGAAAAAGGACAAAGAACAGAAGGUAGAAGUGAUCAGGAAGCAAGUGGAGAGUGCGAAGAAGUCAACGGGGAGCCUGGGAAAAUCAAUCGAGAGUCCGAAAAAAGUCGAAACCGUUAAAGUAACGAAGCCUGAUUCAGAAUCGUCUAAGCCCGAAGCUACAACCAAACCGGAGACCAAGGAGAAGGUUUCAGUGCCUAAGGAGAAGGUUUCAGUGAAAUCGGAGGACAAGGAGAAGGUCUUCGUAAAUCCGGAAGAGAAGAAGAAGACUCUAGUGAAACCCGAGGGUAAGGAGAAGACUCCAUUGAAACCGGAAACGUCAAAGGCAAAGGCAAAAGAACCAGCGGCGCAAACCGUAAAGAAGAAAGCGGAAACAGUGAGUGCGAAAGGUGCUCCGGCUAAACCUGCUGAAGUUAAACGAUUCGAUAAAGAUGAUUCGAAAGGAAAAACGAAAGCACACGUGGAUGCUGCCUUCACUUUGGCUGAAUUGAACGAUGCGUUACUACGCGUGCCGACCUUCGUGCCAAAUUUCACGGCCGUGGAGGAUUUCGAGUGUCAGCAGCAGGGCAAGAUCUUCCUGCGACAGCUGAGAGGACAUAAAUUGUGGGCACUGCAAAUGUUAGAUUCCAGUGCAAAGAUCCCGUCAGGAUUGUUGCGGGGAAACUUGAACCAGCUCGGAGACUUCGACGAGUGUAUGGGAGUAAUGGCACACGUGAAGUUCAAUAACACUACGAUAAGGGUGCAGGGGAAAUACUGUCUAGCUAAUAUAGAUUUGUACCCUUCUCAUCCGGACAUGAGGAUUCCAGUAAACAUGAUGCAGGCUCGAUCCCUUAUACGAUCAAGCAUGCGUGAUCCUGGUCAUUUUGUUCCAAAAUUUACAACGGUGAAUUGGGCACUGUGUCUUCCAGCAGCCUGCUCAGCCGAGGAUGCCGAAAACGUAUUGGUGCAGGCACUGAGUCAUUACAAUUUCACAGCAGGAAUAAAAUUCAUGUUGGACGUUGAUCCCAACAUGUGCUACGUUAAAGAAAAGCCGGACGGCUACUCGAAAGAAACGAUUGGCGUUUUAUACUUCUACGCUAUGUUCGUCUGCCUAGUACUUGUAGCAACAGUGAGAGACUAUUUAGUGGCGGCGAAGGGGAAAGGAAAUUAUUCCGAGAGAAUAAUAAUGGCCUUUUCUUUGCGGAGAACUCUCAAAUCUUUAUUUAAAGUGGGAACGAGUGAAGCCGAUAUUACUUGCAUUCAUGGAAUAAGAGCACUCAUGACAAUUGCCAUUUAUAUUGCCCAUGAAUUGGUGACGAUAUCGAUGAUGCCAUAUUCAAAUCGAAUAGAGUUUACGGAGGUUACAAAUCAUCCGCUAAGCACACUUUUGAGAGCGUCAGCGAUUUAUACAGAUGUGUUUCUGGUAAUCAGCGGCGUAUUAACUGCUUACAAUAUGGCAUAUGAAUAUUCGAAGCGAGGGGAGAUACGUUGGUUUUGUCGUUUAAUUGCCAGAUAUAUCAGACUCACCCCACCUUUACUCGCGGUGGUGUUUUGGUACGCUUUCGUAAUGGAACACAUGGGAUCCGGGCCUCUAUGGAACAGCCUUAUAAUACCCAACGCUAAUCUGUGUAAGAAGAACGCCUGGACAAAUCUGUUGUACAUACAAAAUUUCUUUCCCUUCGAAGAAAUGUGUGCUACUCAUACUCAUCAACUUGCACUCGAUAUGCAGCUGUCGCUUUUAGCUCCGGUGUUGGUGUUCUUCUUGGAGUUUAAAUUAAUCAUCGGGGUUCUUUUAAUUGUUUUUUUCAUCUUAUUGGCGGCUACCCUACGGUACAUAGCGAUGAUAGGCAGUAACGUUUCCCUUGUCAUUUACCACGGAAUAUCAGUGAAACAACUGUACAAAACUGCUAAUUUAACUUACACGAUGCCAUUGCACAGAGCAACGCCAUAUGUAUGUGGCGUGGGGCUCGGUGUAUUGCUUAAUUACACUAAAAGGGACGUUAGAAUCCACAAGGUAUUCGUGAUCUUGGGGUGGUUAAUUGCGAUGGCCUUGGGAUCGUGGUCAUUAUUUUCACCUUGGCAUCUAUCCAGAAGGGACUACGUGUACGAUGCUGAAGAGGCGACCAAUUACGGUGUGACCUUCCCAAUUCUGAUGGCCUUGUCCGUAUGCUGGUCCAUUUUUGCAUGUCACACAAAUAAUGGAGGAGUAAUCAAUAAAUUCCUAUCAAAUCACUGGUUAUUGAUAAUCAGUAGGCUAUCGUAUGCUAUAUACUUGACGCAGUUUGCUGUAUUCUUCCACAAUGUUGGGACCAAGAGGUAUUCAAAUGAAUUUCAGUUGCGGGCAACUGCUGAUCCUGUAGAACUAGGCGUGGUAGUAAUCAUAUCCAUCAUUAUAACGCUGCUCUUCGACUUGCCGAUGCAAGAAGUUAGAAAUGUUCUAAUGGAAAGCACAGACAUGCUAGUCACGACAGGUCCUACCGAAGAAAAAUCUCCAACAGAAGUAACCGAGGAAACGGAAAAACUACUUUUACCGGAACAACAAAAGGACAAAGUCUACGAAGACGAUGAGGUAGCCUCAACCGGCUGGGACUGGCAGAAGGACAUAGUUCACGGUGGCAUCAAGAAAACCAAUGAAGCCGUCGAAGACGAGGAACAAGUCGAUAUGCCGAUAAUGAACAAAACAAAUCGCAGAAAAUCGUUCAUGGCUCACGAUUCCUCGGAGAACGAGUCCGCGUCACCCAUGGAAUGGGUGCAAGACUCGAGCAGAAGAUACUCGGGAAGUGACAACGGGUACAGGGAAAGAGUAAGAAGAGGGCGAAGCGUUCAAAGGGAUUACCGGGACUCCGAGCAAGAAGAGGAAUAUUCCAGGUCGCAACGGGAUCGAGAAGAAGUUGUCACGCGAAGCAGACGUUCGGCGUCCAGGGGUCACGACAACAGGCGUGUGUCCCCGCAGGAUAGCGACGACGAGGAAAGGUAUCUGCGAAGGCAGCAGGAGAAAAACGACCAGAGACAGUACAGACGGUCAGAGUCCAGAGGCCGAUCAGUGAUUAGGGAUUCGGACGACUAUCGUUCGUGGGAGAUGGUCGGCAGGGAACGUUCGUCCUCUCGAGGCCCCGAGCUGAAGAGGCUGUCCAGCAAAUCGGAGGAGUACGAGUCAACGCACAGACAAACAAGAUCGCCCGCGAUCUCGAGACCCCCCGACCCGAGGAGAGUGUACUCCUCGGAGAGCGAGGAGGAAAUCCUGCAACGGAGGAAGCUAGAAAAAAGGCACGCUCCGGUGGAGCCGAGGAUUAGCGACGAGGAGGACUGGGAGGGCGAGCUGAGAAUACGAAGGAAACAGUUUAUGGAGAAGCUCGCGACCCAGGAGGGGGACUCCGUGCUUGAAGAGGAGGAUUUAGCUUCCUUGAAGAGAAGGUCUUCGGCGGAGGGGAAAAUAGCCAUACUGAAGGAUCCUUCGCCGGACGACAACAUGGAUUCCUGGACAGUCAGCGUGGGCUCGCGAGUGGCGCAGCUGGGAUCAUCUCAGGAACGCAGCGAGCCUGAAGAGGACCACGCUUACAUACGGCGAAGGGAGUUUCGGGAACGGGCGCCACCUCCUAGGGAAGACACUCAGAGCGAGGAAGAGGUUAUCUGGGACGCUUCUAGGGGAAGAUCCAGCGUCAGUAGCAGCCAAGUCACUUCCAUCGAGGAGGACGAAGAUGUUUCCAGUUUUAAUUUUGUAUUGACGAAAGACAGCAAAAGGAUGUCUUUGCAGGAUCUAUCGAAACUGUCUCAAGAAGAGUCCGACAGAUCUGACUCAGGAUGGAACAUUGUGAAGAAGGAGGGCGUUCCUUCUGAUAAUCAACUGAAGGCUACGCCAGGUCUGUAUAAACGAGAGUCUAUCAUAAAAAGUCAAGCCAGCGAGGAGGAUCCAGAGUACCUUCUACCGGAGAGACCAAAAUUGGUCCAACAAGAACGGGAACACCCUUUCAAGAAAGCUUGGCAAAUGCAAAAGUCGAGGUCCGAGGAGGAUGGGUCACCGUAUGCUAUCAAAGAACAUAAAGAACAGUCGAAAACAGAGUUGAAGACAGAACCAAGGACAGAAUCGAAGACAGAGUCAAAGACGGAGUCGAAACCAAAGAGUGAUGAUGUUCCAACUAUACAAAGGGAACACAGCGGGGAGCAAAGUUCCGAGUGCGAAGACAUUGGAGCAUUUGCCGAUGAUGAGUCCGAAUCUAUUAUGUUGUCCCGUAGCAGAAGCACUGAUACGGAAGAAACCAGAGCCAGUUCGAAAUCGGAGGAGUCAACGGAAGGAAGGGAUAGCAAAUCUUGUUCGAAAUCGGACGUCGAGGAUGACUCUUUAAAAAUUAAUUGGCCGGUCGAGGAAGAGGAACAGGAUGAAGUGCCGAAGAACGUCGCAAGAAGCAAAUCAGAGGAGACAGAUUGGACCUGGGAAGAAGAAGAGACUUGAACCGAGGACGGAGUUUCAAUAAAAAUAUAAUUGUAACCAAUUAUUACGAAUGAUGUUACCCAAGCGGUGAAGGGCAUGCGGUGACGGACGAAAUUUAUUGGCACACCGUUUAAAACAAGGGUUUACGUUGAAGUGUCGACGAAUGAUGUUUAUAUUUCGAGUUAAUAAAUUUGGAAUGGUUCCGUU